AUGAAGUGGCGCAGAGCCAUGCCCAACGCUACAACCUACAGCAGCGCCAUCACCUCGUGCGAGAAGGCGGGACGCUGGCAACUAGCUACAGAGCUGCUGGGCGAGAUGCGCAAGCUCAGGGUCACCCCGAACGUCAUCACCUACAGUGCCGUGAUAAGUGUGUGCGAGAAGGGCAGGAACUGGGGCACCGUAGCCGACCUGCUCGGCCGCAUGUGCGACGAGCAAGUGACGCCGAACAUCGUGACGUUCAGCGCCGCCGUCAGCGCAUGCGACAAGACGCUGCAGUGGGAGCUAGCCUUCGACGUGCUGCGGCGCAUGCGGCAGACCUCAGUGAAGCCCAGCCUCGUGACCCACAACGCGACGAUCAGUGCCUGCGCCAGGGGGCGGCAGUGGCAGAUGGCUCUUCCGCCUGGCGGUUGUUCCACGGCAUGCGGGACGCCACCGCCAUCCCCGACGUCGUGUCCUUCGGAGCGGCCGCCUCCGCAUGCGAGCAGGGCGGGGCCUGGCUGGCGGCGCUGGCGCUGCUCGCGCGCAUGGCCCGGCGGGCCAUCCAGCAGAAUCUUACGACGGUCUGCCACGCCGUGA